CCCACAAUGAACUGGACGCCAGUUGUGAGUUUAUUCGUGUUGUGGGCCGCAUGGCUCGUGUGUGGUUCUCAAAAGCCCUUGAGGCAAGCAGAGAGAAGGACCCACGGAGUCAGGAAAGUGCCUCUGGCCUACAGGGGUGACAGCAGACCACCCUUGCAGCUCAAGAGAACAAAGGUGUCUCAGAGACUUUUGAGGUUUCAGCAACGUCCCCUUGUCAAAAGAGACUCUUUGGAGCCCAAAAUCACACAAGCAGAUCCCCUGGAAGAGGAUGCUCAUACCCAGGUGAAGAAUAGUGGGACCAGAGUAAGGCAGAUGCAAAGACCUCAGCCGGAAAUGAUUAAGGAUGAAGGAACAUCGACAGUGCACCAUUCACGCACGGUACGUUUCCCAUCUGGGUCCAGUUCUCCCAAUAUUCUGGCCAGCUUUGCUGGAAAGAACAGAGUCUGGAUCAUCUCCGCUCCUCAUGCCUCGGAUGGUUAUUACCGUCUCAUGAUGAGUCUCUUGAAAAAUGAUGUCUAUUGUGAACUGGCCGAGAGGCAUGUCCAGCAGAUUAUCUUGUUUCAUGAGGAAGGCGAAGAGGGAGGGAAAGUCAGGAAGAUAACCACUGAAGGGAAAAUUCUGGAGCAGCCACUAGAUCCGAGCCUGAUCCCUAAGCUCAUGAACUUUCUGAAGCUAGAGAAGGGGAAAUUUGGCAUGGCUCUGCUGAAGAAGACGUUACAAGUAGAGGAAAGAUACCCCUACCCGGUAAGGCUGGAGGCCAUAUAUGAAAUCAUUGACCAGAGCCCUAUCAGGAAAAUUGAGAAGAUGAGGCAAAAGGGCUUCAUCCAGAAAUGCAAAGCUGCUGGAGUGGAGGGCCAAGUGGUUGAAGAAGGUAACAAUGGCGGUAGCAGUGCAAGAACAACACCGAGUAGUGGGCAUGCCCAGUCUUCAGCAAGGAAAGAAGAGCCAAGGAAAAGCAGCCUUCAGCCAACAAAACUGAAACCUGUGAAGAAAGUUUUAACAAUCACAGUGCCUCCCCCUCCUCCCCCUACCACUAGAGCUCCCACCCCUGCGCCCACAACCAUAACCUCAAGACCAGUCAGCAGAAUAGCGACCACGGCCAGCAGGCUUACAACCACCACCACAACUCUUCCUACUACGCAGCGAACCUGGACCACAAAAUCACACACGUCGCUUCCCACAGCAUCUGAGGCAACCUCCCCCCAGGUAACAGACACAAAAGAUUUCUACUCCCCUUCGUGGAAGGAGAACCGCAGAGAAAGACAUCACGGCCACACACAGAGACAGACGACAACUACUAAGAGGCCCAGCAAAGCCGCUUUCUAUGACCCCUACACAGAGGCUCCAACGUACCCCUCUGAGCACUACACAAGGUCCAGUGCUGGCAGAUACAGAGACAAUCGUACAGACAGGAAGGACGAUAACAGUAGGGACCUCGGUGUCACGGGCGGCCAACACAAGCCUACUAAAGGCAAGCCACCUAAAAAGAAAGCCCAAGACAAAAUCCUGAGUAACGAAUAUGAGGAUAAAUAUGACCCAGGACAGCCUUCAGUCCCCCGUUUGGAGGAAGAAGUUCCAGUGGGAAAUACACCGCCAAAGAAAGCAAAAGAUCUAAAAAAACACGAGCGUGUAGAUAAAUCUGAAAAGAAGAAGAAAGAAAGAGCUGACAAGAAGAGCGAGAAACAGGCCAAGAAGGACAAAGCUGACAAGAAGAAUAAACCAGAGAAAGAGCGCAACAAGAAGAAUAAGAAGGGGAGCAAAGCUGAGAAUGGAGGGAUCCUGAAACCCAAUGCCAAGGCUUUCACACAAAACUCCAGGAAAACUGUAACAAACCUUUUGGAUUUCUUUGAAGGCAAAAGACGGAUCCUGCUGAUCACAACUCCCAAGGUUGACAACAACAUGUACGUUCAACAGAGAGACGAAUACCUGGAGAGCUUUUGCAAAAUGGCAACUCGGAAAAUCUCAGUCAUCACCAUCUUUGGCACCAUGAACAACAGCCGCAUGAAGAUUGACCACUUCCAGCUAGACAACGAGAAGCCUAUGAAAGUGAUAGAGGAUGAAGAUCUGGUGGACCAGCAUCUCAUCAAUGAGCUGAGAAGAGAAUAUGGAAUGACAUACAAUGACUUCUUCAUGGUUCUGACAGACACAGACAUGAGAGCCAAGCAAUACUACGAAGUGCCCAUAGCGAUGAAGUCGGUGUUUGAUUUGAUUGACACCUUCCAGUCACGAAUCAAAGAUAUGGAAAAGCAGAAACGUGAAGGCAUUGUCUGCAAAGACGACAAGAAACAAUCCCUGGAAAACUUUUUGUCCAGAUUCCGAUGGAGGAGGAGGCUUCUAGUGAUAUCUAGUCCCAAUGAUGAAGACUGGGCCUAUUCACAGCAACUUUCUGCCCUUGUGGGACAAGCUUGCAAUUUUGGUCUGCGUCACAUCACUGUCCUCAAGCUGUUAGGCCUUGGAGAUGAUGUUGGUGGAGUGCUGGAACUGUACCCAAUUAAUGGGAGCUCUAGUGUGGAUAGAGAAGAUGUCCCUGCUCAUUUGGUGAAAGACAUCCGCAAUUAUUUCCAGAUCAGCCCUGAAUAUUUCUCCAUGCUUUUGGUUGGAAAAGAUGGAAAUGUCAAAUCCUGGUACCCUUCCCCAAUGUGGUCCAUGGUGAUUGUUUAUGAUCUGAUCGACUCUAUGCAGCUUCGACGACAGGAGAUGGCCAUUCAGCAGUCACUUGGGAUGCGAUGCCCGGAAGAUGAAUAUGCAGGGUAUGGAUACCACAGUUAUCACCAAGGGUACCAAGAAGGUUACCAAGAUGACUAUCGUCACCAUGAAGGUUACCAUCAUGGAUACCCCUACUGAAAAAACAGUUUAACAUUUGACCACACCCUGCUUGCAUCUUAAUAGCUGUUCAAACCACAAGGGGCCACAUGUGCAGAUCCUUUCACAGCAGCCUAAACGUGUUUCUUUCUUCUUGUUCAUCAAGGACUACAUGAGUAUUGGACUUUGGCCUUCUCUAUAACAUGCAUGUCCAUGAAGUGAAAUAAGUCAAAGUCAAACUAGUAUCA